GCCCUGCGAAGAGCUUUCUCCUGUGCCUCUGGUGAGUACCUGGAGAUGAAGAACCAAGUGUGCAGCAAAUGUGCAGAGGGGACCUACUCACUGGGCAGCGGGAUCAAGUUUGACGAGUGGGAUGAGCUGCCAGCAGGAUUCUCCAACGUGGCGACUUUCAUGGACACGGCGGUCGGCUCAUCUGAGAGUAAAGCUGACAGCUGCAACAACUCUUCAUGGACGCCUCGAGGGAAUUACAUAGAGUCAAACAGGGAUGACUGUACAGUUUCUCUCAUCUACGCUGUGCACCUGAAGAAAUCCGGCUCUGUCUUCUUCGAAUACCAGUAUAUUGACAACAACAUCUUCUUUGAAUUUUUUAUACAAAAUGACCAGUGCAAAGAAAUGGACUCUACAGCUGACAAAUGGGUGAAGCUCACAGACAACGGGGAAUGGGGCUCUCAUUCUGUAACUCUGAAAUCAGGUAGCAAUAUAUUAUACUGGAGAACAACAGGGAUUCUCAUGGGCUCCAAAGUUGUAAAACCAGUUUUAGUGAAGAACAUCACAAUUGAAGGAGUUGCGUACACGUCUGAAUGCUUCGCAUGCAAGCCUGGUACCUUCAGCGACAAACCAGGUGCAUCUGGCUGCCAGGUGUGCCCACGAGACACUUAUUCUGAGAAAGGAGCUAAAGAGUGCACCAAGUGUAAAGAAGAAAUGUAUUAUGCAGAGGAGGGAUCCAGUGCAUGCCUAGAGCGACCUCCAUGCACAAGCAAAGACUUUUUCCAGAUCCACACCCCAUGUGAUAAGGAGGGAAAAACUCAGAUCAUGUACAAGUGGAUUGAACCCAAGAUCUGCAGAGAGGAUCUCCCUGAUGCAUUGACCCUACCUCCUUCUGGAGAGAGGCAGGACUGUCCACCCUGCAAUCCUGGCUUUUACAACAACGCCUCAUCUUCCUGUACUCCCUGCCCACCAGGCACAUUUUCGGAUGGGACACAGGAGUGCAAAGCCUGCCCUGCUGGGACUGAACCAGCUCUUGGGUUUGAAUACAAGUGGUGGAACAUCCUGCCAGGAAACAUGAAGACAUCUUGCUUUAAUGUUGGCAACUCGAAGUGUGAUGGGAUGAAUGGUUGGGAGGUGGCUGGUGAUCACAUCCAGAGUGGAGCAGGAGGCUCUGACAAUGACUAUCUUAUAUUGAACCUGCACAUCCCAGGAUUUAAACCUCCAACAUCAGUGACAGGAGCAACUGGGUCAGAACUCGGACGGAUUACUUUUAUUUUUGAGACCAUCUGUUCAGCAGAUUGUGUGCUGUACUUUAUGGCAGAUGUUAAUCGAAAAAAUACCAAUGUGGUGGAAUCAUGGGAAAAAAGUAAAGAAAGACAAUCCUACACUCACAUCAUCUCCAAAAAUGCUUCCUUCACAUUCACCUGGGCCUUUCAGAGAAUAAAUGAAGGCCAAGAUAGCAGGCAGUUCAUCAAUGACAUGGCCAAGAUCUACUCCAUCACGGUGACCAACGCAGUGGAUGGAGUGGCCUCUUCUUGCCGGGCCUGUGCCCUGGGCUCCGAGCAGUCCGGCUCGUCCUGCGUGCCCUGCCCGCCAGGACACUACAUCGAGAAGGAGACCAGCCAGUGCAAGGAGUGUCCGGCCAACACCUUCCUGUCCAUCCACCAGGUGUACGGCAGGGAGGCCUGCAUCCCAUGCGGGCCUGGCAGCAAGAGCACCAAGGACCACUCUGCCUGCUUCAGUGAUUGCCUGGUGUCCUAUGUCAAGGAUAACCAGAGCCUGAAUUACAAUUUUAGCAACCUCAGCCAGGUGGGCUCAUUGAUGAGUGGACCUAGCUUCACUUCCCGAGGGACCAAGUUCUUCCACUUCUUUAACAUCAGCCUGUGUGGGCAUGAGGGGAAGAAGAUGGCAAUUUGCACUGACAAUAUCACAGAUGUUACUCUGAAGGACAUGGUUGCAGAAUCAGAAGAUUUUUCCAAUUUUGUGGGAGCUUUUGUCUGUCAGUCCACCAUCAUCCCAUCAGACAGCAAGGGCUUCCGAACAGCCUUGGCUCUGCAGUCCAACAGCCUUGCUGACAGGUUCUUAGGAGCUACUGUUGAAACAGUGCUGGAAAAUAUCAGCAUCAAGGCAGACAUGUUUCCUCCCUCUCCAAGCAAAACACUGGAUGUGCAUUUCUUUUACAAGUCUUCAACAGUGACAACCUCCUGUGAAAAUGGCCGUGCAACUGUUGUAACAAUGAGAUGCAACCCCAACAAACCAGACCAAGGAGAGCUUUCUGUGCCCAGCUCCUGUCCUGCGGGCACCUGCGAUGGGUGCACUUUCUACUUCCUAUGGGAAAGUGCAGAAGCUUGUCCUCUCUGCACGGAGCAAGACUACCAUGAGAUUGAGGGAGCCUGCAAAAAAGGAUUUCAGGAAACCUUAUAUGUAUGGAAUGAGCCAAAGCAUUGCAUUAAAGGAGUUCCCUUGCCAGAAAAAAGGACCAGCCCUUGUGAAACAGUGGAUUUUUGGCUUAAAGUUGGAGCUGGUGUUGGUGCUUUCACAGCUGUUCUGCUCAUAGCCUUGACUUGCUACUUUUGGAAGAAGAACCAGAAGCUGGAGUAUAAAUAUUCCAAAUUAGUGAUGACAACGAACUCAAAAGAGUGUGAACUGCCAGCUGCUGACAGCUGUGCUAUAAUGGAAGGAGAAGAUAAUGAAGAAGAAAUUGUAUAUUCAAAUAAGCAGUCACUGCUGGGGAAGCUUAAAUCCUUGGCAACAAAGGAAAAGGAAGAUAAUUUUGAAUCUGUUCAGCUGAAAUCUUCAAGAUCCCAGAAUAUAUGAAGAAUUAAUGCUGCCUUCAAGGAACAAACCUAAUUUCUAUUUUUACAGGACUAUAUUUUAAACAUAUUCUGGCACACAUUAUAGUGGUGAUCUUGGUGAGAAAUGCUUGGCCUUUUAGGAGGAAAGAAGACAGGAAGCAAACCAGAAAAUGGGAUUGCCUUACCAAGUGAUUGAGUACCUUGCCAAAACAAGAAAGCAGAUUCUUGGAUUCCAUACUGGGAAUGAAAUUCAACUCAGGAAGAGAUAUGCAUACUGCAAAUAACAUGAAUUUUUUGCAUUCACCUGGGCAACACUCAGGCAUGCCAUAUGAUUUAUAGGUACUUUUUGUUUCCUUCUCACUCCUGUGCAUAUUCCUAAGAAAUUAUUUUCAGAGAGGCCUGCAACCUCCUGCAAAGGUUGUGUGUUGUUGUUUACUGGUAUAACUGUGAGUAUUUCUUGAAAUCAAAAUUGUGAAUGGUACUCAGAAUGAACCUUGGGUGAGUUUUGAACUUUGGAAAAUACUUUUGAUUUUAAUGCUUUGAAGGUGUGGAUGGUCAGUGUUGACCUCUAAUGCAAGAGGAAUUGUGUUGCACCUGCAAAUUGAACCCAUUCUGGUGCCUAAGUCAUGGCCAUCAGGGUUGGAGUAAAACCUAGUGCUAUUAAAUUUAAACUUAGUAACAGCUGUUGUGUGAAUUAUAGGUCUGGGCCCAUGAGUUUGUAGGCAGUAGCAGAUUCAAACUCUUUAUAGAGAAGUAAAGUGGUACCUACCGUGCAAGUUGCACUUGUCCCUCUCUGUGGAAGCUUGUCCUUUCAGGAGAGGUCUUUGGCAGAUUCAGUGUUCUCCCUUGAGCUGUGUAAAUGUCACUUUUCCCAGGGCUGGGAACCAGCAAAACCUGAACUCUGGAGGUACAGCAAAAAUCUCUACUUUUGGGAAUCAGGGAUCAGCUCUGUCAUUUGGGAGGCUUGUUAGAAAUAAUGGAUGGAGGGAUGGAGGGAUGGAUGGAGGGAUGGAGGGAUGGAUGGAUGGAUGGAUGGAUGGAGGGAUGGAUGGAUGGAUGGAUGUCCAGCAGAGCUGAGCAUGGGUUAUGUACUUGCACAGCAUCUAAUUGCAUCCUGUGUCAGUGCAAGUAGCAGCUCUGGAGGAAAGGCACAAAGUGGUGCCUUGGAAACUGGAGGCUAGGUGGACUUUUCCAUAAAAUCAGCCACAUUUUAUAAGUAUGUGAUCUUCAUAAUAUCCACAGUAAUAAUUUCCUGAAAUUCCCUCUGAGGUCGAACUCAAAGGAAUCUGAAACUUAGGCAAAAAAAUAUUCGAGUAAAAUUAUGUAAGACUUGUAUAGAGCCAGAGAAAAUGAGUAAUGAUUCUUGUAUUGACCUCUGGUCUGACUCAUAUUUCCAUUACAGCAAAUUUAUGUGAAUUGUGGAAUGCAUCAAAACCAGAACAGAGACAUGGGCAGAAAUAGUCUUUUUACUAUAAGGAAUAUAGAUUUUUGAUUUUAUAUGACUGAGCUAGGUCUAUCAAUAAAAGAGGGCCCACUUUAAAGUAAAAUUUAAAUUAAACUGAAUUUUCUGCACUCUAAAUAUUUUAUUAUACUCUAGAUGUGAACAAAAAUUUUAUGAAGUUUAGAUUUUUUUUUUUCAUUAGGGAAAAUUCAGCUCCGUUGUUUUAUAGUUUCAGUCAAAGAACACACACUUUACUCUUUUGAUGGGAGAUCCUUCAGGCAUCUUAACUGAAGUGGUGUACAUUUUCUGUUGGUCUUGAAAAGGCACUUCACUUUCCCAACAAAGAUUUUUAUGGGGUAAUGUUGAAUGUAUAUUAAAUACACAUUCCUUUUUGUAUAUUUUGUACCAUUGCACACUUAUUAUUGUACACUGUAUUUGUUGUCAUGAUGUCAUUUAUAUAUGGUUGUCAAAGAUGAUAUGCUCACGGAGUAAAUGGUUAUGGCUUUGGGAUUUCACUUCUUGAAUCUUUUAUGAUGAGGGGUUUUAUGUUGUUGAUUUUUAUUCAGCUAGUGUGUUGUAGCAUCAAAGAUAUAUAUCUGAUGGACAUUCAUAAAAUAAAGUAAAAAUAUAUUUGAAAUUUUGGACUUGAGAUGUUUGGCGGCACUGCAGCCUUUCCUGAACAUUGCUGGUCUUCAGUAAUGAGUAGAGCUUUUCACUGCCAUCAAGUUGUAUUUGUCUACAACUCCUUUAAUUUUUCCCCUUCUCUCUCCAUAUGUUUUUUCAGCCAUAAUUACAGUUCAUUCUCCAGAACACCAUUUCUUUCUUUAUUACUGGACUCAUAUCCCUGUAAUGCAGAAAUGCCUUAAUUUUUAUGAACUAUAUUUAAUUUGACUUAAUACCGCACAGGUUUCAUUGGGUUCCCUUCUCUUUCCAUUAUAUUUUCCAAAUAAAAUGGAAUGGAAUUUUUUGACAGCUGUGACAGACUUUGCUGUAUGACUCUUCUCAGCUCUGCUUCCAAAUGGUUUAUCAUUAUGCUGUUGAAAAUUCUCCCAGGCAGUCUAAUGGUGUAUCUGGUGCAGUGCUAACAUAGUGGGACACAAACCAGUACUGUAGAAUUUACUUACCUUAAAAUAAGAAAACUGCAUUUUCCAAAAAUUAAGCAAGUGUAAACUGAAAUAUUUGAGCUGAUUUCUGCUAUUCAUUUCUUUCUGUUAAAGAUGUAGUAGAGAGGGGAUGUUUCCAUUUUCCCCUAAGAGACAAAUUUUGGAAGCCUUUAACAGUUCACUAAAAAGUCAGCUAUGUGUGACCUCUUCUACUGCUCUGCCAAAAUAUACUUACAGCAACCUCCCCCUUUUCUUCCACAUGGAAUCACAUCAGAAAACUGUUAUUUGAUGCCAUAAAACAAUGUGAAUCAGUCUGUUAUGUGUUCACUUGAUUAAAUGGAAUACAUUUUA